UUACAAUAUUGCUUUGCUGAAUCUCAAAUCGUUAGAACAGAACGACCAGUUAGGGGGUUUGUACUACAUUUUAAAGGCCACUGCUUGGAAAGUUCACACAUAGCAAGGUUGAGGGUAAGAUGACGUCAAGUCAGAAUCAAUUUCAUGCUGCAAAUUUCCAUCUUAAAGAAGAUCUCGAGCAAAUAAAAAAAGGCUAGAUCUACCAGUAGAACGGCCACUACUGCUGAGUGCUGUUAUGUCGUCAAGAGAAAUUGAGAAAAACGCUGUUGAUCACGGCCAAGUAUGCGGAACAGGUGGAGAGGAUGAGGCUUUGAAUAAAGAAGGUAAUGAAUCUGAUGAUGCUACAGAUAAUGAUGGAGAAAUGCAACUAGAGAUAAAGAAUCACAGUAUGAAGAAAGAAAACGAUUGUUACGAUAUGAAAGCAUUAGGUUCAUCUGAACUCAGUCAUGACGCUGAUACACUGUGCAUUAACAGCAAGAUUUCCGAUGAUUGGAUUAACAAGACAUUGCAAAGGAAAGCCUUGUGUCUUAUUUGUGGCCCACCUAAAGGCACUGUAAAGACUGAAUACACAAAACUUUCUUCUUGUCCUGAUGUUGAAAAAGAAAUCCGUGAACUGUUAAAAAUACUUUCUCCUUCCCAUGAAUCAGAUGCUUGUUGUAGUAGAUGUCUGAGUUUAAUGAAAACUUUUAUGACCCUUAAGAAAGAUUUUCUGAAAAUGAAGUGGAAAAUAACUGCACUUCACAUUGAUGCACAUGUAGAACUACCAAACAAACACGACUAUAAGGAAUCGGAAGAAGGGGAUCAUGAAAUGAGUGAUACUGAAAAUGAGUCUUGCAAUACCAACAGCCAAGAACAAAACAGUGAGGUGCAUAUCAAACAUGAAAUGAUUGACAUAGGUUUUGGUGAAGAAAAUGGUCAGAACGAAGUUGGGGAAAGCCUUAAAAAGCACGAAAGCAAUGAUAAGAAAACCACAUACUUGAAACCAAAAGUAUACAACUGCUCAUAUUGUGAAAGAACAUUCAACAGGGCAAAUACAUGUGCUAUACAUGAAAGAGCUCACAAUGGUGAAAUAAAUUUUAAAUGCGAAUACUGUGAAAUGUCAUUUACCAGGAAAACUGAUCUGAGGGAGCAUGGUAGAGUUCAUGAGCUGAAAUGCUCAUAUUGUGGAAAAUCUUGUUGGGGACCGAGAGCUCUGAAGAGACAUGAAUUAGAAAUUCACAUUGCAAGGUCACAGCAGGACGCAAAAGCAUACAAGUGUUCACAUUGUGAUAAAGUACUGACCAGGAAAAAUGCAUUUGUUGUGCAUGAAAUGAUCCACACCGUUAAACCUUGUGGGGGAGCAAGAACUCUUAGGAAACGUGAGAGGAAACCCACUGUUUUGCAACAACACACAGGAACGAAAAUAUAUCAGUGCUCUCAUUGUAAUGAAUCAUUUCGAAGGGAAAUCGAAUUUUUCUUGCAUGAAAUAAGUCACACUGCUGACAAAGUCAAAUGUAAACACUGUGAAGAAAUUUUCAGUAAGAAAAGUGAGCUACUGGAGCAUGAUAAAAUCCAUGAACUGAAAUGUUGUCAUUGUGGAAAGUCUUUUUGGGGAACAUGGGCUCUUGACAAGCAUGAGAGGAUUCACACUGGUGAUAAACCAUAUACCACUGUAAAAAAGAUAAAGUGUUCAUACUGUGAUGAAACUUUUACAAAAAGUGAAUUUGUUUUGCAUGAAAAAUGUCACACUGUUGAUGGAUUCAAAUGCCUGCAGUGUGAAAAAACAUUUACCAAAAGCGAUGAUCUAGCAAAGCAUGAAAAAUCACAUGAAUUUAAAUGUUCUCAUUGUGGAAGAACUUGUUGGGGAAAGAAAGCCCUUGACAAGCAUGAGAGGUUUCACACUGUUGAAAAACCAUACAAAUGCAACAGCUGUGAUAAGUCAUUUUUAUACAAAAGCUUAUUGCAGGACCACAAAAAUACACACACAGGUGAAAAACCUUAUUUGUGCCAGUACUGUACCAAAAGCUUUGCAAAAUAUUCAACUUUGAGAUCACAUGAAAUGACCCAACACACUGGAGAUAGACCACACAAAUGCCAGUACUGUGGACAGGGCUUUGCUGUUAAAUUAGCCUGUGAUGAACAUGAACGUUUCCACACUGGUGAAAAGCCUUUUAAGUGUGAUCACUGUGACAAAAGCUUCGUAAGGAAAUCCAAUUGGAGAAAUCAUGUGAAAGCCCACCUUGGAAUAAAACCACAAAUAUGCUCAUACUGUGGAAAAGGUUUUCGUGACAGAGGCAUGUUGGGUAGACAUGAAAGGACUCACACUGGGGAGAGACCAUUUAAAUGCAAGUACUGUGAUAAGGCAUUCAAUAGAAAAUCUCAUUGCAAUACACAUGAAAAGAGGCACACUGGAGAGAAACCAGUUAAACAGUGGUCAUCUGAGAAUGAUGUUAAAAGUUUAGCUAAAAUUCACAAAAGUCGGCAUGCUGAAGACAGCUUUAACAGUGAGAACUCUGAUGGUUUGAAAAUGAGUCAGCAGUUGGACAGUUCAUUCAUCAGUCAACAGUUUGAUAGCACAUAUAGACCCCAACACAGUGAGAGUACAUUCAGACCUCAGCACACUAACAGUGCACUUAAAAUUCAGCACAAGGAAAUUCCAUUGAGGGGUCCACACUCCAGUAAUGUGUUCCCUACUCCAGAGCCUGUUUAUCAUGGAGAUAAUCUUAAUCCUUCUGGGCAUAAUGUGUAUGUGCCAGGGGUGUGAUGUUGCACUGCACAUGUAUUUAUGAAGUGAAACCCACUGCUCUGGAGACAUGUUAAGGACAUUCAUACAGUAAAGUGCUUGCUUCAUACUUAAGGCUAUUACUAGUAAUUGCUAAAUUUAAAAUACUUGAAAGUUCAGAAGCCAGCUGUCAGAAGUAGGUGCUGAAAAAUUUUUUUUUUUGUUAUUUUUUAUUUGUGAUUGAUCUGCAGAUCUAACAAAAUACUAGUCAGAAGUUUUAGUAUGUGUUUUAUCUUUAUGUCAUAUAGUUGAGAUCUGGGCUUAAAAAAAAGUACUUUGGUCCUGUGCACUUUAAAAGAGGAGAAAGAGAGGAAAUGCAUAGCCCUCCAAAUCCAGCUGAUCCUAUUUCAAUGUAGUUAAAAGUACAUUGCUCCUGGAGAGGCUGAAUGAAGGAAGUGAUAGAGACUUCUGAUGAGCUGACAGAAAAGAAAAAACUAACUUCUUAAGGAUAAAAAAAAAUAAUAAAAAAAUUUAAAAAAAAAACAAAAAAACUUGGAGGUGCUCCACCCUCCCUCCACAGUUUACAGCCCUGUGUGAGUAAGAACUGAUGUUAUGGUUACUUACAGUUCUUAUAAUGAUUGAGUUUUAUUUGCUAAUUAUUUCUUCUUGUAGGAGGUACAUGUAGACUUAAAAUAAACAAGUUAAGUUUAUAUACAAAGUGUUGAUGCUACAUCAUUAUUGCAGUUAUAUAUAUUAUAGAUUCUGUAGAACUUGGGACUACAAAAAUGGGGGGUAAGGGGCAGGGUAGUUUUGUAAUGGUAUCACUAUGGUACGCAGGGUUAAAAGAAAGCGUCUUCAAUAAAAGGUUUUAAAGAAAUUCAGUAAAAGAGUUUACAUGUUUUACUUUAAAACAGAUCUUACAAUAGGAUUUGUGGGUAAUCAUUUGAGUCAUGACCAAUUUUUAACAGCUAUCUCAAAUAAUUUUAAAAAAAGGAAAAAAAGGAACCAAAUAUUUAAAAAAAUGUUAACUAAC